AUGUCUGUCGCGGAGACUUUCGUCGAGGAAGACGGUUUUGGGUUCGUUCCCAGGCCGGAUCGUAAUAAACAUAAUAAACCAUUCGAUAUUGUUAGAAGAUAUACAAUGACCAACAGGCACAAAGCAUCGGUGCAAUUGAUUUCUUGGGGCGCCGGUAUUCAGGCCAUCAAAGUACCCAGUCGGCCGGGUAUUUUGGGCGACGUUGUUUUAGGAUUUGACGACAUGGACGGUUAUUUGAAGAACAGGUAUAUAGGAAGUAUAAUCGGAAGAAUUGUGAAUCGCGUAUCUCAUGCUAAGAUGAGGAUCGAAAAUGAGAUGUAUUGUUUGUCCGUUAACGAUAAGGACGGUGUUAGCCAUUUUAACGGAGGUUUCGUUGGAUUUGACAACGUUAAUUGGGACUCGUGCAUAUUGAACAGCAGACACGUAAUGUCUCACUUGAGUCCGGCGAACAGCGAAGGAUAUCCAGGAAAUAUGUUGACGCAGAUUAAAUAUUCCUGGACGGAUGAUAAUCAGCUUCAUAUUAAUAUUCGUGCAACUACCACUCAACCAACACCUGUUAACAUUACCACUAAUUGCCUGAUGAAUCUUGCAGGCCAUGCUACUGGUCCGGAUGAAUUGAAGAAACACGUGAUCUCGAUGAACGCAGGUAGUUGGACGUUCGCGGAUAUCCGGGACAGUUUGCCGACAGGUGCUAUAUAUCCGGUUGAUCGUACAGUGUUCGACCUACGUUUACCGACUCAGUUAACCAAACGGCGGCUUUACAUCGUACCGGGGGGUGGUUACAACCAGAAUCUCUGCAUCACCAGCCCCAACUGCUGGUGUUAUCGAUUCCAUGCUAGAAUCGUGCACGCCGGCUCAGGAAGAACCUUAGAAGUGUACUCGAACAAACCAGGUCUACAAUUUUCCACAGGAAACGAUUUACCCAAUCCCGAUACCUAUUAUCCACCCGAUUUCGACGAUUUCUGCAACUGUCUGGAUGACACGCUCGGAUUGAACGUGGACGAAAGGGAAAUUUGGGGGAAAGACGGUGUUCGAUAUAAAAGACACAGCGGAUUCAUCUUGUCGCCACAAAACUACCCCGACGCCAUCAACAUAAGCAAUUUUCCAUCUUGUAUAUUGUAUCCUGGACAAGUUUACUCGCACGAUCUGACGUAUAAAUUUGGUUUACUGUCGAAAAAUUCAUACAACUCGGAUGGUCAUUGA